GUCAAAUCCACAUGGUGUUUAUACUGUUGUAAUGUGCUUUCCCGACUAGAAAAAUAACAAUUAAAAAUGGUUAUCAAAGACUGGGCUAAAGUUACGCCCAAGCUCUCGCAGCCCGUGUUAUCCUGUAUUGAUAAACAGGGUUUCAAGACCAUGACUCCUAUACAGGCUGCAGUAAUACCCCUGAUCAUGUCUUGUAAAGAUGUGGUGGCAGAAGCGGUGACCGGGUCUGGUAAAACGUUGGCGUUUGUCGUGCCGAUGAUAGAAAUGUUGAUAAAGAAGCAGAAGGAGGCGCCACUGAGGAAGGACUACGUUUAUGCUGUCAUUAUAUCGCCGACCAGAGAGUUGGCUUCACAGAUUUAUACGGUCAUAGAACAGUUCCUCCAAGAACCAGAGCUGUCCCACAUCACAAUGGCGCUACUCCUUGGAGGCCGACCAGUGGAGGCUGAUGUGGAAACCAUUCAGAAAGGAGCUCACAUAGCUGUGUGCACGCCGGGUAGGCUGGGUGACUUGCUGGCAGAGAGGAAGCAGCUGAACUUAGCUGGGAGGCUGAAAGAACUGGAUAUCUUAGUCCUGGAUGAAGCUGACCGUCUUCUAGACCUUGGCUUCAGUGCAACUCUAACCACCAUCCUGCAGUACCUACCUCGACAGCGGCGCACAGGCCUCUUCUCAGCCACACAGACCAAAGAGCUACAAGAUCUUGUACGAGCUGGUCUAAGAAACCCCGUCGUAGUCAGCGUUAAAGAGAAAUCUACUAUCAGUACACCAAUACUUUUAGAAAACUACUAUGUUAUCGUAGAACCAGAAGACAAGUUUUUAUUUCUCUUAAAUUUUCUAAGAAACAGGAAAAUUGCUAAAGGAUUAUUCUUCCUACCUACUUGCGCAUGCGUUGAUUAUUGGGCAGAUGUCCUACCAGUGUUCUUGCCAGAUAUAAAAGUCUUUGCAAUUCAUGGGAAAAUGAAGUUGAAGAGAAGCAAGAUUUUGGAGAAGUUUCGACAAGCUGAUAAUACUAUUUUGUUGUGUACAGAUUUAUUGGCUAGAGGUCUAGACAUCCCCGAAGUAGAAUGGGUGCUCCAAUGGGAGCCGCCCACCAACCCCGCGUCGCUCGUGCACCGCGUGGGUCGCACGGCGCGGGGCGGCGCGGCGGGCUGCUCGCUGCUGCCGCUGCUGCCCACUGAGGACACCUAUGUGCCCUUCAUCAAGACCAACCAGAUGGUGGAGUUGAAAGAUUGGAGGCAGUCGAAAGAUGAGAUUAAGAUUAGUCCUAAAUUGAAGGAGAAGGUGCUAUCAAUGCUACACGAACAGCAAAAACAAGAUAGAUCAGUGCUAGACAAAGGCCAACGCGCUUUCGUCUCUCACAUGCGAGCUUACACAAAACACGAGUGUAACCUACUCCUACAGUUCAAAGAACUACCUCUAGGACACAUAGCCACCAGCUACGGACUCCUAAAGUUACCUCUCAUGCCCGAAAUAAAACAGGAACAUAAGGACCAGUUUGUGGGACCAAAGGAGCAGAUAGAUUUCAACAGUAUACCGUACAAAGAUAAGCAGAAGGAAGCCAGUAGGCUGCAGAAGUUGGGCGAGUUUAAGAAGACUGGUGUUUGGCCGUCCAAGAAGAAAAAGAAAAUGGUACAAUCCGAACCAUGGGAGCAAGCAAAACAGAACAAAGAAGAGCGUAAACUGAAGCGGAAAAAGCGAAAAGAGCUGAAAAAGAAUGACCCAGAGAGCGGAAAGAAGCGAAAACGUAAAGCGGUCACACAAGAAGAGUUGAAUGAACUCGCAGCGGAUAUAGCGCUUAUGAAAAAGCUUAAAAAGCGGAAAAUUACUCAAGAACAAUUUGAUCAGCAGUUUGAAGUGUAGAUAUGGAA